GGUCAGCUCUCCACUCAGGUUGCUUGGCCUCACGCCUGUAGUGAGUGCUCAGGGAGGAACCGCUGGGCAGGGCAGACUGAUGGCCGCGGUGGGGCUCUCCUCCCCAGGGACUCCUGUGAUCCUCCCUCUGUCUGCAGACGCCAUGGAGGUGGUGCUGAUCUUCCUGUGUAGCCUGCUGGCCCCCCGCUUGGUCCUGGCCAGUGCUGAGCAGGAGAAGGAGAAGGACCCUUUCCAUUAUGACUACCAGACCCUGAGGAUCGGGGGAUUGGUGUUUGCCGUCGUCCUUUUCUCUGUGGGGAUCCUGCUUAUCCUAAGUCGCAGGUGCAAGUGCAGUUUCGCUCAGAAGCCCCGGGCCCCCGGGGACGAGGAAGCCCAGGUGGAGAACCUCAUCACCGCCAAUGCGACAGAGCCCCAGAAGGCAGAGAACUGAGGUGCAGCCCUCCGGCGGGGAGCCUCCGGAACCUGCAGGCAGCUGCCCGGACUGCGACGUUGACACUUGAGAGAAGCAGCCACUCCGGUAGCAGACCUUUUCCCCUGGAGAAGCCGAGAACUUGUGUGUGCCCUGCUCCCCGGUCCCCUCUAACGUCUCCCUAAUGAUGCAGCCUCCGCCCGCGGUCCCGGCCCCCUCCCGUGACGUGUCCGUGUGUCCAUGUGUGUUUGCUGCCUGUGGUCUCGUGGCUACUUGUUUGUGGGUGACACCGUGUUAGUGAACUGUGGACUCGCUCCCCUGGGCAGGAGCUGGGCUCUGGCACUGCCGGCUCCUCCCUGCUCCUACUGCCCCCCCAGCACCUCCCACUCUUCCCGGUCUUCCCCCACCAGAGACCAGCCCUUGUCUUGAUUGGGGGGUGGGGGGCAAGGUCAGAGUCGGAGCCUGGGCCAGAGACCCCAGCUGUUGCGGGAGCCGGGAAGGCUUGGCCUCACCCUCACUGUCACCCUUCAUGGUUCUCUGCUCCUGUCACAAGUACCUGGCUCCUGUCCCGCCCCCCCCCCUCCACGCACACGCACAGGCUCACACAUGCCAGGUCUGGUCUGAAGGUCACUCAGCCGUCGCACAUUCAGAGCGAGCAGCCCGAGAGCCUGGUGCAGCCUUCAGGCAGCCUCACACGGCCAUCUUCCUCUUGGGGGCUUCCGCCAGGAGCACCCAGGGAUGCCAGGCCCAGGGCUUCCAGCCUGCCCCCCUGCAUGUCUUAGCAAUAACCCCGUGGGCUCUGGGGCCCCCUGCGUCCUGCUUCCCAGACCUCCACCUGCAGCCCGGCUCGUCCCUGAUGUUGGGUCUCCAGCAGGAGAUGCUGAGGGUCUCCUGCCCUGUUGAGGGCGCUGCUGGGGUGGGCAGCAGCGGGUGGGGAGGUGCCAGGGUGGGCGGUGGGCUUGGCCACUCUGACUGCAUCUCUUCUCUGCCCGGCCAUAGCCGGAGCGGUGAGGGCUGAGGGAGACCCUGGGCUCCGUGCAGCCCUGCUGCAGAGGGCUCAGCUGCACGGUGCAGGUCCCAGGAAUGCAAAUGCAGAGCGGAUCCCGGUGCCCUCGUGGAGCCCCCACACCAUGCCGCCGCGCCCAGGGCUGCCCCUCUGUCUUGUGCUCUCUCCUCGCGAUAACAUCAGAAACAGGAAUAAAAUAUCACUUGUUUCCUA